CUUAAUUGAAUUCACUGAAAUACUGAAAUACUGAAAUACUUUAACUAUUCCCGUGAUAAAGGGCGAGAGCAUGUCGAUCCACCUGAUGUGCCUGACUUCCGACGGCGGUGUGCCGAUUUAUUCCAAAAAACGAGGCGACUGUGAAACCCUGCCCUUCUCCACAAUCGCCUCGCUAAACGGUGUACACAUGUUUUGUAAAUCGCAAGGAGUCGAUUUGCCGAUCACCUACUUGGAGGACAGCAUGAUCAUGUGGAAAGAGUACGAGGGCACGAUCGUCAUGAUCGGAAUCGCACGGGACAUCUCGGAGAAGACGCUGCGCCAUCUUCUCGACUACUCCUAUCAGGCGAUGGUGUUCUGCGUGGGGAUUCAGUCGAUCAAGAAGAUCAAAAAUAUCGAUCGUUUCAAGCGAGAGCUGAAAAACUACUACCCAAUCGUCGAUCAGCUGCUGGAGGUGGUUGAGAACGAUUUCUUCCGCUACGUGGAUUGUAUUCUUUGCAGCGAAAGCACAAGCAUGCUGACGAAGCUGAACGAGUUUAGCGUACAGAUCGGAUCGCCGUUCUGUGCACUGCUCGUGCGGCAGCGCAUUGCCUGUGGCACCGAGGGCUGGUGGGAUCUGGACGUGAUAGAUCGAAAGCUGCUCAUGCUCCUACUCAACGCUUCCAGCACCAUCCAGCAGGAUGUACCGGUCUUUCUGCCCAAGAAAUCAUCCAGCAUUGCGUACCGUUUUAUCAGUAUUCCGCUGACCCAGGGUGUCAGCAUCUGUGCGCUAUGCGGUGCCGAACCACCGUACGAUGUGCUGCAGGGCAUUAGCCAGCAGUUUUGGAUGAGCGAACUCGAUAUGCUGAUCGCGGCGGAGCAGAAUUAUGCCAAGCAUUUUCCAGCUACCAUCGAACUGGAUCCGCACAUUAUUGGCUUCCUGUUGCUCAAUCGAGAGCACGCAAAGUACGUCAUGUCACGAGGAGUACUGUCGUUGAACAACAGCACGGCCACUGCAGACCGGAAGCAUCGCACCGACCGUGGGCCAACGUCCAGUGUGACCACCGGGGGGAACCACCGGUUAGAUAUUCUGCGAGCUUUUUUCCAUCAAUCCGUGGACGUCAUGGAAGAAACUCUGCGCGAGGGUGACCGUGUCAUCAACCUGGAGCAAUACUGGUGCUCAGAUUACCACAAAUGUCACGCACUGAUCGAGGGAAGUAACGUGCUGUGCGUACUCUACACGUCGGCCAUUCCAACGCACAUCAUGAGGAUAGUAACACAAAAAACACUGAACACGUUGAUAUCGGAUAAGGAUGUGUGCUGGUAGCUUCGCAUUUGAAGCUGUGACUUGAGGAAGGAAGCAGAUCGCGAGAUCUCUAACGCCGUGGCAGAAUCGCAGUAUUAUUAUG